GAGAAGCAGAAGCAGAAGCAGAAGAAGACCAGUCGGAGAAGACCGACCGACAGCUUAAGCUCUAGCUUAGCUUAGCGCGUGUCGUCCACUCUCGCAUUUCUCUGAAUAAGAAGAAGAAGCUGAGAUCGGAGGACUUGCAACAAUGGCGGUCGCCACCUUCUCCAACUUCUCCUCUUUCACCACGCGCUCACUCUCUCUCUCUUCUUCUUCUUCUUCUUUCCCGCCAUCCACAAGCCUCAGUUUCACUAUCCUCACCAAAACCAGAUCCCCCACCUCCCUCUCUCUCGCCACGUCACCCUUCCCCCGCUCCUCUUUCGCCACGUGUUUCUCCUCCGGCGGUCCCCCUCCGUCGGCGGCGGCGGUGGCGGAGGAGGCGGAGAUCACAACAAUGGCGGAGGCGGAGGAGACGGAGAGGAGGACCGGGAGAGGAACAAGGCGGAGGCGGCGAUGGCGAUAGCGGAGGCGGGAAGGACGGCGGAGAGUCUGCCGAAGGACUUGGCGGCGGCGGUGGAGGCGGGCCGGGUGCCCGGGUUGAUUGUGAAGAGGUUCUUUGAGCUGGAGAAGUCGCCCAUCUUCAGGUGGCUGCUUCAGUUUGAUGGAUUCAAGGAGCGGUUGCUCGCCGACGAUUUGUUCUUGACCAAAGUUGGCAUCGAGUGCGGUGUCGGAAUUUUCACCAAGACUGCUGCAGAGUUGGAGCGCCGCAGAGAGAAAUUUACCAAGGAGCUGGAUUUUGUGUUUGCCGAUGUGGUGAUGGCCAUUAUAGCUGAUUUCAUGCUUGUCUGGCUUCCUGCUCCUACUGUUUCGCUUCGAAAACCUCUUGUUGUUAGUGCUGGGCGUGUUGCCAAGUUCUUCUAUGGCUGCCCUGACAAUGCAUUCCAGGUAGCUUUGUCCGGAACAUCUUACUCACUCUUGCAGAGAAUAGGCGCAAUAUUGAGAAAUGGAGCAAAAUUAUUCGUGGUUGGGACUGGUGCAUCUCUGGUUGGUACAGGUGUCACAAAUGCAUUGAUUGCUGCAAGAAAAGCUUUGGACAAAUCCUUUGCUGGUGAAGCGGAAGAUGUUCCCAUAUUAUCAACUAGUGCAGCCUAUGGAGUUUAUAUGGCAGUUUCUAGCAAUCUAAGGUACCAAGUUCUCGCUGGAAUAAUUGAACAACGUAUUCUAGAACCCUUGCUACACCAACACAAGCUUGCACUGAGUGCAAUUUGCUUUGCUGUUCGAACUGGAAACACAUUUUUGGGGUCCUUGAUGUGGGUUGAUUAUGCACGCUGGAUUGGAAUUCAAUAGAUAAGGGAUUAGAGCAUAGGGGUCCAUAAGCUACAUCAUUCUGUGUCUCAGGUGAUGAACAAAAUAACAACUUGACAACGUUGAACUCUCCUUGUUUGGGUAGUUUUCGGCAUAGAGCAAACUCAGCUCAACAUACUGAAUUGUUAGCUCCGAUUUAUGGACACUCCAGUUCACCAUCUUGUUCCUCUCAUUGUAGAGACAUACUGUCAGUCUGAGUUGGGUUUCCUUGUGCAGGAUCGUGAGAGUUAUUAUAGUUAGCCCCUUGUUCAGAUUGUUCAUGUUCGGCUUCAGGCCAACAUGGUUGCUCAUAUGCUAGCUUUUGAGGCUUAACAAGCCUUGUUUUCUUUGAAUUUCUUCAGUGUUUCUUCUCUGUAUGUGGAGGAGCUCAUAAACCUUCAUUGUAAUGACGUAAAGUCAUGAAUUUUACUCGUUCCCCUAAGCAAAGCAGCGUGAAUUCUCCUGCUUCAACAUGAAUUUUACAAGAGCUAGGUUUGUUAUCAUACUUCAAGUCUAGCAUUGUGGAUGGCAUGUAUGUGUCCUCUGCUUCAUCUGUG